GAGGUGCCGCAGGACUGACACCCCCCCCCCCGCCGGCUCCCGGACGCCUGGGUCGGCGGCCCCUUUAAGCCGCCGCCCACCCCCCGGUGCGCAGGCGCGGCAGCCGCGGGGGGCGUCGCCCCCCCGCCCCCUUAAAGCCAUGAGCGCGGCGGGGCGCUCGCGCGCGGAGGAGGCGGCGUCGCGCGCGGACGGGUCGCGCGCGGAGCCAAACCGCGCGGCGGCGGCGGCGGACGGGGAGAUGCCGGCCACGGAGAAGGACCUGGCGGAGGACGCGCCCUGGAAGCGGAUCCAGCAGAACACCUUCACCCGCUGGUGCAACGAGCACCUCAAGUGCGUGCACAAGCGCGUGGGCAACCUGCAGACGGACCUGGGCGACGGGCUGCGCCUCAUCGCCCUGCUCGAGGUGCUCAGCCAGAAGAAGAUGGGCCGCAAGUACAACGCGCGGCCCACCUUCCGCCAGAUGCAGCUGGAGAACGUCUCCGUGGCCCUCGAGUUCCUCGAGCGCGAGAACAUCAAGCUGGUCUCCAUCGACAGCAAGGCCAUCGUGGACGGGAACCUGAAGCUGAUCCUGGGGCUGAUCUGGACGCUGAUCCUGCACUACUCCAUCUCCAUGCCCAUGUGGGACGAGGAGGACGAGGAGGAGGCCAAGCGGCAGACGCCCAAGCAGCGCCUGCUCGGCUGGAUCCAGAACCGCCUGCCCCAGCUGCCCAUCACCAACUUCAGCAAGGACUGGCAGAGCGGCCGCGCCCUGGGCGCCCUCGUCGACAGCUGCGCCCCCGGGCUGUGCCCCGACUGGGACUCGUGGGACGCCAGCAAGCCGGUGGACAACGCCCGCGAGGCCAUGCAGCAGGCCGACGAGUGGCUGGGCAUCCCCCAGGUCAUCACCCCCGAGGAGAUCGUGGACCCCAACGUGGACGAGCACUCGGUCAUGACCUACCUGUCGCAGUUCCCCAAGGCCAAGCUCAAGCCGGGCGCCCCGCUGCGCCCCAAGCUCAACCCCAAGAAGGCCCGAGCCUACGGCCCCGGCAUCGAGCCCACGGGAAACAUGGUGAAGCAGCGCGCCGAGUUCACGGUGGAGACCAUCAGCGCGGGGCAGGGCGACGUGCUGGUGUACGUGGAGGACCCGGCCGGGCACCGCGAGGAGGCUAAAGUGGUGGCCAACAACGACAAGAACCGCACGUUCUCCGUCUCCUACGUCCCCAAGGUCACCGGCGUGCACAAGGUGACGGUGCUGUUCGCGGGGCAGCACAUCGCCAAGAGCCCCUUCGAGGUGCAGGUGGGGCGGGCAGCGGGCGACAUCCCCCCAGGCCCCCCACAGAGCCCCCCCAGUUAG